UAGGAGAGUGGCCUGACCGGAACUCGCGGGUGCCCUCGGAUAUGACGGGUCGUCUAUAGUGUUGGGGCAUUGACAGAAAAUGCGUCGCCAGCAGCAACAUGCGAGGAGGUGACGAGGAUGUAUGCACAAAGUCUAAUGGGUGUGUGGAAAGUCCCGAAACAGCGAUGAACAAUUCGUCUAUUGCGUGGGCUUCGUGGUGCUUCUGCAGACCCCUGGUUACUCAGGAAACUUCCGUGCUUCCUUCACUCUGUGGUUUGGUCUCACGUGACGCUACCCCAGAUUCUACAGCUGUUCACAAAUAGGUUAUAAAUAAGCCCGGCCGGCGGCCAGCAGAGAAAACUCCAGAAUUAAACAAUAUAAACUCGUCAAAAUUAAAACAUCAGCAAC